AUGGGUCAGGGAGUGAGUGUGGAGGAGAGAACAGCGGUGGGUGGAGAGACAGCGCUGACGCUGGCAGUCAAAGCCGGACUGACACAGAAUGUGAAGAGCCUGCUGGAACACGGAGCCUCUCCUCACAACACCAACAACAAGAAUGAGUCACCGCUGCUGCUGGCAGUGAAGGUUGGCUCUGUUCAAAUCACACACGCUCUGGUGGCCCAUGGUACAUGGGUGGAGCAGGUCUGCCAGAAGAGGUGGACGGCGAUGCACGAGGCGGCCAAAGUCGGCAACGCUGACAUCCUGAUGCUGCUGCUGAGGAACGGUGGGCGGGUCAACCAGAAGGACGUGGCAGGAGUGACGCCGCUGGCCGUGGCCGCGGAGCGCGGACAUUUCCACAUCAUGGAGAUUCUGCUGAGCUGUGGAAGCAGAGUGAACUCUCAGGCCUGUAAUGGUGAAAGUGUGCUUCUGGACGCAGCUGGAUCAGGAAACACCGCCUGUGUCAAACUGCUGCUGGACAAUGGAGCCAACGCCAACCUCCCCAGCAUCACUGGUCUCCUGCCAAUACACAAGGCAGCUUACGCUGGACACUCUGAUGCUGUAAAGAUGCUGAUACCUGUGACUACAAAGAAAGCCAUUAAAGAAGCAGGACAGAGCCCCGUCCACUCUGCGGCAGAGGGUGGACAGACACGCUGCUUGCAGCUGCUGCUGGCUCACGGCUAUGAUGUCAAUUAUCGCAUGUCCACCAGGAACUCUGAGAAUUACUGUGACAUGAGAAAGAGUGCUUUGUACUUCACUGUCUCCAAUGGAAACGUGGACUGCACCAAAAUACUACUGGCAGCUGGAGCAAAAACUGACCUGGACCCGCUCUGCUGCCUCCUGGUGGCGGUCAGGUCCGGACGCUAUGAUUUAGUGAAACUGCUUCUGGCUGCCAAAGCAGAUGUGAACUGUUACUUUACAGUAGUGAGCGACACAGUGUUUCCUACAGCUCUGCAGUACUGCCUGAAGGACGAGGUGAUGAUGAGGCUGCUGCUGAACAGCGGCUACAGGGCGGAGAGCUGCUUCUGCUGUCACCACGACAAGGGCUUUGAUGCUGUUGAUGGUGCACUGGGGAAAAUCCCUGUGAGUGGCAUGUUAAUCAUUUUUUCAUUAUUUUUGUGUGAAUGUCCGUCUCCUUCACAGUUCUGUGAGAUCAUGUGUCUGUCGUGUCUCCUUCAUCUGUCGGGGAACGUGGUCCGGAUCCUGUUGGACUACGUCGGCCUUGUCCACGUCUGCUCCAAACUUAGGCUCAUUCUGGAGCGACAGAGAGAGUGGCCUGAAAUAUAUGAAAUCCUCGACAGUCCUCGCUCGCUCAGGCACCUCUGUCGACUGGAGAUCAGAAGACGUUUGACCCUGAAGAAGCUCAAUAAUCCUGAAAUCCUGAACUCUCUCAAUUUUCCUCCAAGACUGAAGAGCUUCAUACUGUACAAGGAGCUUGACCUUUACGGCCAGGGUUGUGAAUGCGAUGCGUAA